AUGUGUGCGUAUGUAGAUAUAUACUUCGUCAAUUCCUCGGGAUUGACCAGCUCGUCUAGGUCACAUCCAGGUCCUUAUACAGACCGAUCCUUCGGAGGUCGUGUCUCCGUCUACACUCUGGGUGUAGAUGUCCCUAUAUAUCAAGGUGUUAUUUCCCUGCCACAAACGUCGCAUAAACCAACAAGAAUAAUUUUAUCACACCUUUAUUUCCCCCCCCCCACCAUGCCAGAAAACCUCCAAACAAGAUUACAUAACUCACUCGACGAGAUAUUGAAAUCAUCAGGAUACAUAUUUGAGGUAAUCGACCAAAACAGAAAACAAAGCAAUGUGAUAACUAGCCCCAACAACGAACUAAUCCAAAAAUCCAUAACCCAACUGCUCAACGGCGAAAUCCAAAACUUCCAUGCUAUUCUAGACCAAACAGUGUCGAAACUCAAUGAUGCAGAGUGGUGUCUCGGCGUUAUGGUUGAAAAGAAAAAGAAACAUGACGAAUUGAAAGUCAAAGAAGAAGCGGCAAGAAAGAAACGUGAAGAAGAGGCCAAGAAGAAGGAAGAAGAGGCCAAGAAGAAGGCAGAGGAGGCCAAGAAGAAGGCAGAGGAGGCCAAGAAGAAGGCAGAGGAGGCCAAGAAGGCAGAAGAAGCAGCAAAGAAGGCAGAGGAGGCCAAGAAGAAGGCAGAGGAGGCCAAGAAAGCAGAAGAAAAGGCCAGAAAGAAAGCAGAGACCGCCCCACAAAAGUUUGACAACUUUGACGACUUUAUUGGCUUUGACAUCAACGACAAUACCAACGACGAAGACAUGUUGUCCAACAUGGACUACGAGGACCUAAAAUUGGACGACAAAGUACCUGCCACCACAGACAACAACUUGGACAUGAACAACAUACUUGAAAACGACGAGCUGAUACUAGACGGGUUGAACAUGACAUUGCUCGACAAUGGCGACCACGUAAACGAAGAGUUUGAUGUAGACAGCUUUUUAAACCAGUUUGGUAAUUAG